ACAAGUGGAGAUGUUAUGGUCUGAAAGAAUAGUUGUUAAAACCUAAGCAACAAGCGCCAAAUCACAACAAGGCUUUGUCCAUACAUUACAAUACAGAAUCUGGCAAACCAAACACCAAAACCACUCCCAUUUUACCAUUCACCUAGACCUCUAUAAUUACACAACCUUCCCUUCAUUUCGCAAAUAAAAUUAUUUCAUUAUUCCUUGAUUACAUCUAAUUGUUCUUGUUAACUAAGGAUCAACAGAUCAAAUGGGUACAAUCCUAAGAGGGAUUCUAUUCUCUUGUUUGCUUUUGUCUCUAAUUCUAUCAUCCUCUGCUCAGAAAUGUGCCAAGUAUAGCUUUGCCAGCAACGAACUGUUCAAGGCCUGCAACGAUCUCCCGUACCUAAAUGCCUUUCUUCACUGGAACUAUGACCCUUCUUCAGGAAACUUUCAGAUAGCCUACAGGCAGACGAAGAUCACGUCUUCAAACUGGGCCGCAUGGGCUAUCAAUUUAGAUGGAAGUGGCAUGCUUGGGGCACAAGCUCUCGUUGCUUAUCAGAAAUCGGAUGGAACCAUGAGGUUUUACACGUCUCCUGUGAAUGACUACACGACGACAUUGCAGGAGGGGGAUUUGAAGUUUCCAGUCGCAGAUUUUUCGGCUAGCUUUGCAAACAAUGAGAUCAUCAUUUUUGCCACUCUCAAUAUUCAAAAUACUACCACUUUGAACCAAGUUUGGCAGAUUGGUCCUGUUUCAGGUGAUAAACCUGGAGGGCAUGCCAUAUCAGGCGCAAAUGUUCAAUCCGCGGGGAGUCUUAAUAUACUCUCUGGUCAGCCUGGAACUACCACAGGGGGAGCUAGUUCUAAGACCAAGAAACGGAAUAUUCAUGGUGUGCUAAAUACGGUCAGUUGGGGUAUUAUGAUGCCUAUUGGCGCUCUAAUAGCAAGAUACGUGAAAGUAUUCGAAGUAGCAGAUCCUGCAUGGUUUUACCUUCAUGUUUCUUGCCAAACUGCAGCCUAUUUAAUUGGUUUGGUUGGCUGGGGAACUGGUCUACAACUAGGUAAUCAGUCUCCUGGAAUUCAGUACUCCUCCCACAGAUACAUUGGAAUCACUCUUUUCGUGUUCGGAACACUCCAGGUAUUAGCUUUACUCAUAAGGCCACAAAAGGAUCACAAAUACAGACUGUACUGGAAUAUUUACCACCAUACUAUAGGGUACAUGGUCAUUUUGUUGAGCAUUAUCAACAUAUUCAAGGGAUUCGAUAUCUUGAACCCAGAAAAGAAAUGGCAAAGAGGAUAUGUUGCAGUAAUUGUGAUUCUGUCGAUCACUGCUGUGAUACUGGAGGGUUCGACAUGGUGCAUUGUAUUGAAAAGGAGAAAAGCAGCAAGUGCUGAGAAGACACCCAAUGCAAUGAACGAGCUCAGUGGAUAUGGUGCAAGGACUAAUCAUAGGGUGUAGUUCCAGUAGAGUGAAAUUAAUUAGAUGGUGGUUAUUUUAUUUAUUUUGUCAUAAUAUAUCCUGUUUCUUGAAUUUUUCUGUAUGUAAAGUGAUGGGAUCUUUGGGGGAGUUUUGAAUUAUAAUAUAGUUAUAUUUUGAUUUCUAUUUAAAA